AGUACACACACACACAAACUGCCGCGCGUUCACGAGAGCCAUCCUGACUGACCAACUUCCAGGGCAGCAGUGCUGGUGAAGUUUGAAGGGGAAAAGUCUGAUUUCGCAAACCCUCCGCAGGCUCGCCAAACAAAAACACUGACGCAGUCCACAACUAGACAGCAGCUAUGGACGAUUUAGACGCGUUACUGGCAGACCUGGAAUCUACUACAUCCCACAUCUCAAAGCGACCAGUAUUCUUGCCCGACGAGACGCCCUACUCCAUCCCUACAGGAGGACAGCCCUACCAAGAUGUUACACUUCCACCUCCGGUCCCUCCUCCACCUUCAGCUGAAGCUCUGAAUGGGUCCCUGAGAGAUCAGCCUGAUUCCCACCACUCCUCUCAGCAGUCACUGGGUUCGGCACAGAAGAGCUCAUGGUCAAGGGACAGUAGCAGUUCUCCAUUAUCUCACAUUGAAGAGGACCACGUUUACAGUUUCCCAAACAAACAGAAGACAUCAGACUCCUCUACAACAGCCAUGACUUCUGCCUUGGGCAGUAAUCUGUCAGAGCUUGACAGGCUUCUCCUGGAACUUAACGCUGUGCAACAGAGCUCCCCUUCAUUUCCCACUACAGAGGAGGCAGCUCCUCCCUUGCCAUCCUGCAGCAUCACUCACUAUGAGAACGGCGGCACACCUGACAUCUUGGUAAGCCCACCACCUCAGGAGAAACCAAAGAGGAAUGGGAGGAUGGAGGACGCCCGGCCUACUGUGGAAAGUCUGCUGGAUGAGCUGGAAGGCUCGGUGCCUUCACCCAGCCCCUCCACACGCCACAGUGACUUGGACACAUCCUCUCAACAGCAGGCCAGAAUUUCAGCUUCCUGUGCCACCAGAGAGCUCGAUGAGUUGAUGGCCUCUUUGUCUGACUUUAAGAUUAUGGCCCAAGGGAAGGGUGGUGUCUCCGGUGGGCCCCCGACACAGGUCAACAAGCUGGACAACAUGCUUGGCAGCCUGCAGUCUGACCUCAACAAACUGGGCGUGCAGACAGUAGCUAAAGGAGUUUGCGGAGCCUGCUGUAAGCCGAUUGUGGGACAGGUGGUGACCGCCAUGGGCCGCACAUGGCACCCCGAACACUUUGUGUGCACACACUGUCAAGAGGAAAUCGGCUCCAGGAACUUUUUUGAACGUGAAGGACAGCCCUACUGUGAGAAAGAUUACCACAAUCUGUUCUCUCCGCGGUGCUACUACUGCAACGGGCCCAUCCUGGAUAAAGUUGUGACGGCGCUGGAUAGGACAUGGCAUCCCGAACACUUCUUCUGCGCUCAGUGUGGCUCUUUCUUUGGCCCUGAGGGUUUUCAUGAAAAGGAUGGAAAGGCCUACUGCAGGAAAGAUUACUUUGACAUGUUUGCACCGAAAUGCGGCGGCUGUGCCAGAGCCAUUCUGGAAAAUUACAUCUCAGCUCUGAACUGUCUUUGGCAUCCCGAGUGUUUUGUUUGCAGGGAGUGCUUCACCCCGUUUGUGAAUGGAAGCUUUUUUGAGCAUGACGGCCAACCCUACUGUGAAGUGCACUACCACGAGCGCCGCGGCUCCCUCUGCUCCGGCUGCCAGAAGCCCAUCACGGGGCGCUGCAUCACAGCCAUGUCCAAGAAGUUUCACCCAGAGCAUUUUGUCUGUGCCUUCUGCCUGAAACUGCUCAACAAAGGCACCUUUAAAGAGCAAAACGAUAAACCCUACUGCCACGGCUGCUUCAUCAAGCUGUUCAGUUAGAGAGUUAGGGGGAAUGUUUAACACUGGCACACUUGGGUCAGGGCUAAAAUGAGAGUCUGAAGCAUUUCUAGCACAGGGAGAGUGAGAACGGGUUUAGUUUGUAUCACAGGAAGCUGUCUCUGGAUGAUGGCGUUGGAAGUGUGUAUGGGCUAAGUAUGUGCAUGUGGUUGAAGCGGUGUGCUGCUUCUGCCAGACUAAAUGUUUUUCAUGUCAUUCAGAUUUAUUUUUUUUUUUAGAUUGACAGCAGUUUAUUUGUGAAGCUUUUUAUGUGUUGUGAGCGGGUGACUAUAUCGGAUGAGGGUGUAUUUGGUCUUUAAAGGAAAAUCCCCCCCCCCUCCAAAUCAGCAACUUUUCUCCCAGUCUACUUAGAUGUGCUGAAACAAACAGCUGUCUCUGUUUUGUUUGUUUGUUUGUUUUGAGAGUGUGUGUGUGUGUGUGUGUGUGUGUGUGUGUGUGUGUGUGUGUGUGUGUGUGUGUGUGUGUGUGUGUGUGUGUAAUCCUCAAAUCAUUUUAUUUUUUAUCUUUUUAGAAGGUGAUAAAUUGUUACUAAGCACACUGAAACUCUGAUCUAUGAAACGCUCGGUGUGUGGUGAAGUUACUCACUGGUUGAGUGCGUCAUUUUAGAAAUCAAAAAAAUGAACAUAUGGCAGGGAACAGGUGACCUGUUGUUUUUACACAAUAUAAACACUUCUUUUUUAAACAAAUGAUCAGGAUAAAAGGCUUUUUACGUUCUCCCUUCCCUAGUCUAAAGUCAGAUAAGGCACAUCUUUAUAUAACUGAUAAAGUUGUGUUUUAUGGUGAAAUGCAUCUUUAGUGUCCCUUGACCAAAAACCCCUUUCUAGUAUGUCAUAUUUUAAUUAAAGAUGCAUACUGUGUUACAAAGCAGUCAAGGGCAAACUGAGCAUGGAUUAAUAUUUGACUCAACAGUCACUGCGGUGUUCACUCUUCAUUACACGUGCUGCCAAAUCAUUCCUUUUGAUUCCUCUGAAUUAAAGUGAGUCUAAAAGCAGUUUGUUGGAUUUGCGUCACCUAAAGUGAAACUGCACAGAGAUAUUGGGAGUACGGUGUUUUUGCGCUACACUACCAUUACUGUUUCUGAGUACAUCCUGAGAAGUUUUUGUUGUUGUUUUUUGUACAUAUCCAAUGCAGCUACAUUGUAAGCAUGUACAUGUGUUUAAUAACCACUCGUUAAAAGAAGGAAAGGGCUGCUGGGAAGGCAUAGCGGAGAUAUUUGGAUGUCUUUGCUGAUAUUACUGUAUCGAGAAGCUGAUGAAUGUUUGUUUUUGAGAGAAUGCAAACCGUACACACAAUUUGCCUGUGAUAUUCCGAUAACUAUGCAACUGUGGAUUAACAGCUUUGUAUUUCAGCAUCAGCAUCUAUUUCUUAGGCUGUCUGUGCCAUUGUAUCAUGUCUAAUAACACUGGCAAAUUCAGCAAAAAAUACUGAGAGCAGGUCAAGAGUCCGCUGUUCUGUUUUCAUGUUAUUAGUCUGUGAGUUUGUAAAAAAUGAGAGCCUGGUGGUCUGCUAGAAUAACUCGUAGGACUAGGAUGACUCGUCUCCCUCAGCGUCUGAGGAGCAUCUACUGUAUGACCACCAGGUUGGGGUUCUGUACAAGGUUAUUCAUACACAGCAGACAGAUUUGGCCUUUUGUCUUGUUCAGGGAAUUCUAGAGCCUUAAUUCUUUUUUUUUUCUCACUGUAUUUAAGAUAUCCUGUAACAGUCAUCUUUUCAAAAUGACUUUCAUAGAGGUUAUUUAACCAAAGCCAUACCUUCUUUCAGUUUUUCUUGUCUGUUCACUUUGUUUUUUCUUUUCACUUUGAAUGUCAAUAGAUACAAAUAGUGAGAUUACUCUGUUCUAGCCUGAUUAUGCCAAUAAAUUCAGUUUUGGUAUCAAAAUGUCA